CCCGCCCGCUGCCCACCGCCGUGCCCCCGGCCCGCAGGACCUUCAUGCGCUUCCCCUCCCCCGCGCACGCACGGCGGGUGCGCGCCUGCCCCGGAACAGGACUGCCACUGUUGAGUCUGUGGGAGUAUGAAUCAGCAGCAGCAGAGAAUGGCUGCAGUUGGACAGACAAAGAGCUCAGUGACCUGCUGGACUUCCAGUAUGAUGUUUCCCCUGCCAGUGGCUAAUGGAAAAAACAGACCUACAACCCUAGCGAGCACUCAGUUUGGAGGAUCAGGUUUGGAUGAAAGACCGGGAUCAGGUUCCUGGGGAACGGGAGAUCAAAACAGCUCCACUUUUGACCAAGGAAGGCAGAGCUAUGGUGAAGGCUCCCACUACAGCGAGCACAGGGACCUGCCCUCCCACAACAGCAUUUCUUCAUCACCAUUCCUGGGAGCUGGACUAGUGGGGAAGAGCAGUGAAAGAGCCUCAUACUCCACAUUCGGAAGAGACACAGGGAUGCCAGGACUAAACCAGACUGGUUUCCUGCCCAGUGAAAUGGGAAUCGCGAGUCCGAGCACGCUUUCCCCCACGGGGGGCAAGGGGGGGUCUCAGUAUUUCUCUUAUCCCAACAAUCCUCGCAGGAGGGGUGCUGAGAGCAACAUAGAUGGGCAGCCCAAAAAGGUUCGGAAGGUGCCUCCUGGACUCCCCUCCUCGGUGUAUCCAUCCAACUCAGGUGAUGACUACAGCAGGGAUCCAGCUGGAUAUACUUCCUCAAAACCUCCCAGCACUGUGUAUCCUGGAGCCUUUUACAUGGCAGAUGGUCUCCAUAACUCUCCAGACCUGUGGAGCUCACCGGGUGCCAUCAGCCAGUCCAGUUAUGGUGCCAUGCUGGGCAGCUCCUCCUCUCCUCUCCCACAGUCCAGUGGCUUCAACAGUUUACAUCAGCACGAACGCAUGAACUACCAGCUUCAUUCAGGAGAGGUGAAUGGUGGGCUCCCCUCUGUGUCGGGCUUUUCCUCAGCCUCCACACCUUAUGGGGUCUCCAGUCACACCCCCCCGAUCAGCGGGACCGACACCUUGAUGGGUAACAGAGGAACCACAGCUGGGAGCUCAGGAGAUGCCCUCGGGAAGGCACUAGCUUCAAUUUAUUCCCCUGAUCACUCUAGCAAUAACUUCUCAUCUAACCCCUCUACACCAGUCGGCUCCCCUCAGGGGCUUGCAGGCACAUCCCAGUGGUCACGGGCGAGCGGACAGGGUGCUGGUGCCUUAUCUCCCAGCUACGAAGGGAGCCUCCACACUUUACAAAACAAAAUGGAAGACAGGUUGGACGAAGCCAUCCAUGUGCUGAGGAAUCACGCUGUGGGCCAGACAGCCACCAUGCCCAGCAACCAUGGGGACAUGCACGGGCUGCUGGGCUCAGCACCUGCCCACAGUGCCACCGUGGGCAGCCUGGGCCAGGCCUUCCCCACCUCUGUCAUGUCCCUGGGGAACCGACACCCCAAUCUGGUGGGAGGAGGUCACCCAGAAGAUGGGUUGUCCAGCAACCCCAGCAUGCUCCACAACCAUGUCACACUUCCAUCACAGCCCAGCUCACUCCCUGACCUCAACAGGCAGCAGGACACAUUCAGUGCAGGAUUGUCCGGGGGGCUGGGGCGAAGCAGCGUCUCCUCAGGAACCAGUGAAAUAAAGAGGGAAGAGAAAGAGGAUGAGGAGAACACAUCAGUGGCAGAUAACUCAGAAGAAGAGAAGAAGGAGCUGAAACCCUCCCGGAACAGAACAAGGUGCUCUUUGAACAGUCAAGAUGAGGAUGAGGAGGACGAUCUUCUUCCCCCAGAGCAAAAAGCCGAGAGAGAGAGAGAAAGGAGGGUCGCCAAUAAUGCCCGUGAGCGCCUGCGGGUCCGUGACAUCAACGAGGCCUUUAAAGAGCUCGGACGCAUGUGCCAACUCCACCUAAACAGCGAAAAACCGCAGACCAAACUGCUAAUCCUACACCAGGCCGUAUCAGUCAUACUGAACCUGGAGCAACAAGUUAGAGAGCGCAAUCUGAACCCUAAAGCUGCCUGCCUGAAACGUCGGGAAGAGGAGAAAGUGUCUGGAGUAGUAGGAGAUCCCCAGAUGACACUUUCAGCUUCACAUCCUGGUCUAGGAGAUGGUCACAACCCUGUUGGACACAUGUAAAGAUCUUUUUGUUCCUCUGGAUAGAGAGAUCUGUAGGAGGAAAACCCUCGGUGUGACCUGCAACCUUCUCGAACCAUAAACUUUAGUACUGCUAAUACUGACACACGUGGAUGGAUCCUGGCAUGACGUAAGGGGUGGAAAAAAAAACAAAAAAACCACUUUGUCAAAAACAAAACAAAAACAAAAAAAAAAUUGCCUUAAGUAUAAAGUGCGGAACAGUCAAUACAUAUCACUCAGUUAGGAGGGGGUGGCGUGUUCUCUUGGCUUGUUCGCAAGCAGCCAGCAGCAAAAUUGUGCCUAAGCUUGAUAUUUCUUUUUUUAAAAAAAAAGAACAUUAGUUAUGAGAUUUUUUUAUGUAGAACAAAUAGCAAUGCCUUUUGGUUGGUUUUUUUUUUAGCUUCUUUUGCAUAUGUUUUGUAAGCAACGAAAAGAAUUUUUUUUUUGUAUAAAAAAAUGUCUUGUACCCCACGCUUUUCUGCUGCUGUUUCUAUAGUUAACGUUGCAUCUUUAGGAUCAACCAGAAUAUUAAAAUUGUAUUAAGAGAGACUGGAUAUAAAGAGAGGAAUUCUCAGAUUGGGCUCUGAAAGCCACUAAAAGCGAAUGUAGCCUCAGCGAGGGGAUGCUCUUCCUUGCCUGGCUUGUACCUUCCAUUAUAAAAAAAACAAACUCCUGUGCUGAAUUCACCAUCUCUUUGCUUUGGCCACUUCUGAUUUGGGAAAAGGAAGUUAAACAGCAAAGCAAGUUGCAGCAGUGUCCCUCAGUUGUGCUUCUGCUCCUCCCGGGAGGUGACCGAGGUCCAUCAAGGGUCUCUGCAAGAUUUGCUUUACUCUUGGAGCAUCCCAGAGGUUGUCCUGGAGCAUCAUGAUGAGGAGGAGGAGCUGCCAGGAGAGAGCCAGCCUUAGGGGGGUGGAAGAGAACCGAGGAACUGUGGUGCUCUCAAGGUAAGCAAAGAAGCAAGACGGAUGCAAGAGGAAAGGGCAGGGCGGAGGGGAGCACCAUGCAGCAGAGCAAACACCCCCUUCUCAGAGGCACUUCCAGGGGCAGCACUGAACAAAGACAAAUUGAACAAAGCUUGGAGGGCUGGGAGGAGGCAAAGGUGGACAGAGCAAAGGCAGCAGCAGGACACUGUGCUGGGUGACCUUGCAGCAGAUGGACCCGCAGGGGCUGGUGACAGGAAGGGGAGCAGCUCCCCGGCAUCUGCGCUCACCCCAACCCGCAGCAAGCUCUGACUGGCAGCAGGACCCCAGCUCCACACAGCUUCUCCCUGCACUGGAGCCACCAUCAGAUGUGCAAAGCACUGCAAGACUGGGGAGAGGGCUGGAUUCACACCCCACCUUCACGCACUGGAGGCAGACUCAGGUCAGCAUGCCGCUCGGCUUCCCCAGGGACACGGAGUGACUGCGGUCACUGCCCGGGCUCCUCUCCCUGUGCUGGAAAGGAGGGGAGCAGCCAAUGCCCCCCUGCACAACAUGUUCCAGCAGCCAAACUGGGCCAAGGAUCCCUUCACUCCAAGGGUUUCCCAAUGUCACUCCACACCACUCCCUGUGCUCAGCAGGAGGAAGACCCCUGGCAGGGCCCUGGUGUUGCAGGAGCAAACGAAGAGGUGCUCAGCGGUGCAGAGUUGCAGCAGCUGUUCUGGAGCUGGCAAUGGAGAAGCAUCUACUGGGAAUUUAUCCUUGUUUCUUCCCUCUCCUUCCCCUUCUGAAACCUAUUCUGCCCAGUUCUCCUCAGCUCUGCAGGUAGCCAGGGUCAGGUCCUCACUGGGGUGGUAAAUCCCAUCCCUGCUUUCAGACUGGGGCCAGCUGCUGCCCAGACCUACCUGGCAGAGCCCAGGCAGGGAGGACAGUUCAUGCUCAUGAGUGUUUGACCUGGGGGGAAGGUGGGAACAGUGAGUAUGGUAGGAUCCUGGCAGCAGAGUCAGUCUCUCCCUUCUGCUUCUCUGUCUGUGCUUCAGCAGAGGGAAAGGGAGGGGCUGGUGAACAGGAUUAGGUCCUGUGGCACUUCCUAGCAACCCAGCCUUUGGCAUAACCUCCUGGUGCUCCUGUGUGCUCGUAGCUGUGCUUUGUCCUCCAGCCAGGCCUGCUGGAGAUGCUUAGGACAUUGCUCAUCUCUCACAGCUGGGUACCAUGGGCUCAGCCCCUGCAGCAGCUCUGAGAGGAGACACAAGUGCCACGGCAGCCUGGGACUGUCCCUUCCUCCUGCCACCAGGACUUUCUGUGGUCCAGCCAUAGCUCUGAGACUUCUGGGUGCUCCUGGCUUGCCCUGCCCACAGCCCACUGCUCCCACCAUCACUUCUGCCUGGUGGGACCUGAGACCACAGCAGUUUCCAGCUCUGUCCCCGGGAACACCAGGGAAGGUCCCUGCAGCCCAGGAAAACGCGUUCUUCUCGCCUGUGUCAACAGACAUGUUUCAGCUUAAUUAGCUCAUCAGGUUACAGCAUUCUGCCCUCCCUUGGGUUCUUCUGCCUGCUUAAGCACUGGGCAGAGUGAGACAGAUGAGGUUUUCCUCCAUGUGUGACAGCCUUGCUCCUCUGGAGCAGCUCUUGCAGCAAAAUCCAUGUCUUCUGAAGCAUCCCGUGGGGCUGGGUUCUGCUGCAGAGGCUGGAGCAAAUUUGGAGAUGGUGAAGCAUACAGGGAGGGGGCAGUGCCCCUCCACAGCCUCCCAGCUGGGUCCAGAGGCUCAAACUUCACCCCCAGUUCAUGCUCUGGGGUAGGAAUUGGGGGCUCAUCUGCUGCUUCGUCCCCCAGGUGUUUGUGUCCCCUCAGCAAGAUGGUGCUGGGGCCGCAGGUUGCUUUGCUGCUCGGGGUUUUCUGCUGGUUCAGUGCUACUGCCCUAGGACCAGGGAGGGAUGGAGCAAUGUCCCAGCCCUGGCAAGUUUGAAACCAUACAAAAAGUGCUUCCUCAACACUUUGAUUUUGCAACAAGAAUGUGAGGUGGCAGUCAUGUACAACCAGAUUUAAAGAAAAGAGAUUGUAGUCAAGAGGAGUCCUGAAACUCAAAAAAAUUGGAAAGUUGAGAAGAUUUAUGAUUUGUUCAAAAUUUUGCUGAACUCCUUCAUCCAUUCUGAGUCGUGUCUGACACUGCUGGCCAGGGGAGGCAAAGUGGUUCCCAUCAUCCCCAAACCACCAAGCACAGAUGGAGCUUUGCAUCAGCAUUUCGAUGGUUCAGGUGCUGUUUUCUUGACAGUGAACCCAGGUAACUUCUUGGCAAGGCAUGGAUGAAGGUCCUUGAGCAAUAAACCUCUGGCGCCAGGGCUUGGAGGAGAUCUUGGUUUCUCCAGCAGGAAAGGGCAAUGUGGGAGGCUGGCAAUGCUGUGCCCAAGAGUUGCCUUGGUGGCACAGAGUGCUUUGGGUGCUGUCACUCCUGCUACCUGUGCCAGCCCAGCAUGGCCUUGGUGGCAUCUCUGCUCUCCAGGUCCAUAGGGAGCAAUUGUGGAGUGCAGCAUGGAAAAAUGAGCUUUGGCUUGCCAGUGUGUUUGAUUCAGCAUGAAUGUGGUGCUGUAACCUACCAGGGAAAGUGGCUUUGCUAAAAAUGAGCAUCAUCAGGUGCUGCCACCCAAAUCCUACCAGGACAGUCACAGUGAGACUCUUGUCUGCAGGUGUCACAGUCAGAGAGGGACAGGAUCUGCACCCUCCCCAGCCCACAGCUCUGCUGACAUUCAGCCCUGGGAUCUUGCAGAUCCCUUUUCUCCUCAGACUGUUCUCCUCUGUCUGCAUGGCCCUUGUGCUGAUCAUCCUGUGCAGGGAGGUGUCAGGGAUGGGUGAUUUGCUGCAGGCUGCCUCUCAGUUUUCUGCUUCCUCUGGGCCUCACAUGCUUACAUUCUCCUGUGCUUUUCCCCCCUCUGCUUUGGGAACCACAGAGCUCCCACCAAACUUCCUCUGUCGAGGAGUUAGGGGAGAAGCCUCCUCCCCCCUCUGCAUUUCCCAGUCUCUGAGCUGCAUCCCCAUCAGACAGCAGCACUGGGGGCCCAGGGGACACUUGGCUGGGCUGCAGUCCUGGGGUCCCCCUCAGCCCCCCUCCUCUCUGCUCCUCCUGCCUGAGAGCCGUGCAUGCCACCAGGUGCUGGGGAGUGUCUGGAAUCCAGUUUAUUAACAGUAAAAAUUGCGGGGUUUUGUUCUUUGUCCCUCUUCACCUUCUUUUGCCCCAGAGCAAAACAGCUGCAGCCUCCCAGGCUCUGCACCUUUCCUUAUGCCUGAUCCUGCUCCUGCUCCCCCCCAGCUGCUGACAGCUCACCCCAGGGAGCAGAAUUCCAGCUAAACCCCAGUUUGGCAGCCACUCCCCUGCCUGUGACCCACCAGUCAGACCUUCUCACAGCCAAGCAGUUCCCUGGACUGAGUUCAGCUUCUGUUCUUUGCCAACAUCUCCUCCGGCUCUUUGCUCCCCUGGUUUUACAGCUGCUCUCCUAAGGAGGUGUGUGGGGCAGGGGGGACAGGACCUGGGAUGUCUGGAUCCCAGUCUGUGUCUCUCCUGAGCUCCAGCCUGGGAGUAAGGGGAACCGUGGUGCCUGGGCAGAGGGUUUCCAGGAUUUGGAGCAGACAAGUUACCCGGGCACCCCAAGAUCCCACCUCUGGCUGUCUGGAGCAGGGCAGGGACCCCCACACACUGGGGUCACCUUGCUGUCCCUUUUCCCUGUGCCAUCACUCAGGUUGGGGUAGGGCUCCGGGUGCUUUGUGGUUGGGAUUUUGCCCUCUCCAGCAGAGAAAUGCAGAAGUAUGAUGUGAAACCCCCCCAGCCCUGUGUCAGUGAUGAACUGGGUUCCUCGAGGUUUUGCACUCAAUGCCCCAGAGUGACUGAACAGGAAGGACAGAAUGGGGCUGGGGUUUCCCCAGAAGCUGCUCUCAAAGGUCCUUUGUGUCUGACUCCUGUAGCUGCUGAAGCCAGCAGAGCCUUUGAGCCUUGAGCCCAUCCUCCCCCUCACCAAACAGAGAGGGGGACUCACGACCUUGAGGACCAGGAGGCUUUUGAAGCCCCCAACCCCCACGUCCCUGAGCUUUGGUGCCAUGGGGGAUGCUGCAACUUAGUGCCAGCAGAGCCCCUGGUCCUCUUGCAGAUCCUCCUGAGCCAGCUCCAGUGUCAGCAAGCCCUGGUCUGGGAUUUUAAAAAAGUUCUGAGAAUGGGGAGGUGAAGAAACUGGAGUUGGAUGAGAACAAGCCCUCGGCCUGGAGGUGCAGUGCUGGUUAACCUGGAGCAAGCUGUGCCCAAUGGAUUCCCCUGUUCCUGCUCAACACCAGCAAUAGCAAGACCUGGUUUUUGUACCAGCUUGCACGAGGUCUUUGCCCUCUUAAAUUCUAUGCAACCCCCUCUUCUUCCCCCUGGAGCUUUCCAGAUCCCACUCCAGCCCUGUUCUCUCUGCUCUUGUCUGUGACUGCUGAGUUCCCCUCCUUGCUCUGCUCAGUGUCCAGAAGCUCCAGAAGCAUUUCAGGACCUGUGCCCUGAAGCUGGGGAGGGGUGGGCAAGGGGUGAGGCUGCAGAAAACUCCUUCUAACUCCUGCUGCAGGACCUGAGCACUGGAUUGGAGGGAACGAGGCCUGGUCCUGCAGCUCCUCCAUGCACCCUUCACCCUCCUGUGCCUUCUGCUCCAUGGUUCACUGCCAGCAUCCUUCAUCUUCCACCGUCUCCUUCAGUGCCCCUGAAUGGGGAAUCUGUGUCCCACCUUGUUGUUUCCCAGCUCUAUAGACUGCUCUGCCUUCAGCUGCCUCAAGCCUGAAGGUCUCUUGCUCUCCAGCUCUCCAGCCAACCCCUCCAGACUGCUCCCCUCCACACGGAGCACCCCGAGUUCCUUGGCAGUUCCCUGUCUCCCAUCUGCUGGGCUGGAGGCAGGGGGACGGGGGAGGUGGGUGCUACAGGUGGGUCCCCCAGCAUGGCUGCCUCUCCCUGCCCUGCUGCCCUUGGGGCAGGCCUGGGAGGUACCCAGAGCUCUGCACAGAGUUUUGAUCUUUGGAGCGAUUCGCCCUUUCUGGGGGGUCAGCAGCUGCAGUGCCUUUGUGGGACCCCUGUGGCCACUGAGCAUGGAGGUGGUCACUGGGUGUGGGGGCUGCAGGCUGCAGGCACCCUUGCUGCCAAACUUGUGUGUCCAUUCCAGGGGCCAGGAGGCAGCCCUGCUCUGGGUCUCACACUGCUGCUUCUGCUCCUCUGCUCCUCUGCACCUCCUGCUCCUCAGGUCUUGCAGUCCCCUCCCUAAGCCAAGCACCCACCCCUUGGAAGGAGAGGGAAUAAACCUGGAGCCCUCCCCCGGGCACCAGGGUGGGAGAGCAAAGGGGUUUGUGCUCCAAACCAGGGUGUCCUGAGGUUUUUUGCUGAAACCCCCUCCCCCCGUGCUCUUCACCCCAGGGCUGCAGAGCUCCCCAGGGCACUGAGCUGGGGAUCCUGCAAUUCCCCCUCUGCCAACCUCUUUCCAAACCACCAGGUUUGGGCAAACCUUGUAACAUGGGGUCCCUGGAGGACAGGGGGGGGCUGGGGGGAUCUGCACCCUCCUACCAGCAGUGGUUAAUUUGUCAGGGAGAGGAGAAAGGCACCUGGCGGAGCAGAGCAGAGAUCACCCCAACCAGGGCUUGGACCCCAAGGUCUGCAAGAAAUGUCCCAUUUUCCUUGGAGGGCUCCAGGUCGCUGGGGAAAGGAAGGGUUACUGGGUUUGCUCUUUCUACAUAUUUUUGUAGGAGGGGAGGAGUGGGAGAGCAGGUGGGAGAUGCCUGAGGAAGUUGUUUAUUUUUAACCCCAUAGAAAGUUUUGCGUUGGUUUUUUUGGGUUUUGGCCUUUAAAAAAAAAAACGGUCCCCGCUUUUGAUGUUUAUGCUGCCUACCUGUAAAUCCAGAUGUACUUAAGUGGCUGAAGUCCUUGUUCUUAAAUCAGAUACACAUUAUAGUUUUGAACUAUAUAUAUAGUAAAUAUAUAUAUAUAUGCCUAACCCAGCAAAGAAAAAAAAAAGUAUUUGGGGGUGGGAGAAUGCGUUGUUCUUUGAAAGGAAUCACAAUUGGGGGAUAAAAUUGUGUUUCUGAGUGCCUCAAGAUAUGAAUUGUUUUCAUUUUUUUAAAUAAUUUUAUACAAGUGUCAAAACAGCUGGCUGGAUUAUUUGGAAUUUUUAAAUAAUCCUAACUUUUUUAAAGUAGAUUUUGAGAACUGUCCUGUAUAUAACAGUAAUGUAGCAAUAAAUGUGACAUUUUAUAACAAUA